UGCCCGCAGCGCUGCCCGCCGCAUUCCCCGGAUCGAUGGUGGCUGCAGCGCCUCGCCUCGUGUGCCUCGGGCGGUCGGGCUGGCGCUGGGUGCGCUGGGGUUGGUUUGGGACUGAUCAGCAGGGAAGGUGAUCGUGUUGCUGUGGUGGGAGCGGCCGCAGCCGGCGGGACAGAGCCAUGUCUGUUCGGGAGUCCUUCAACCCCGAAAGUUACGAGCUGGACAAGAGCUUCCGUCUGACCCGAUUCACUGAGCUCAAGGGCACGGGCUGCAAAGUGCCCCAGGAUGUCUUACAGAAACUGCUUGAAUCUCUACAAGAAAACCAUUUUCAGGAAGAUGAACAGUUCUUGGGGGCAGUUAUGCCCAGGUUGGGAAUUGGGAUGGACACUUGUGUUAUUCCAUUGAGACAUGGAGGUUUGUCAUUAGUCCAGACGACAGAUUAUAUUUAUCCUAUUGUGGAUGACCCUUAUAUGAUGGGACGAAUAGCGUGUGCCAAUGUCCUAAGUGACCUUUAUGCCAUGGGGGUCACAGAAUGUGACAACAUGUUGAUGCUCCUUGGAAUCAGCAAUAAAAUGACAGAUAGGGAAAGAGACAAAGUGAUGCCUCUAAUUAUCCAGGGUUUCAAAGAUGCAGCAGAAGAGGCAGGAACAUCUGUUACUGGUGGCCAAACAGUGUUAAAUCCCUGGAUUGUUUUAGGAGGAGUGGCCACGACAGUCUGUCAGCCUAAUGAAUUUAUAAUGCCAGACAAUGCAGUGCCAGGAGAUGUGCUUGUAUUAACUAAACCCUUGGGAACACAAGUGGCUGUAGCUGUCCACCAGUGGCUAGAUAUUCCUGAAAAGUGGAAUAAAAUCAAACUGGUGGUAACGCAGGAAGAUGUAGAACUGGCAUAUCAGGAGGCAAUGAUGAACAUGGCACGGCUGAACAGGACAGCUGCUGGCCUCAUGCACACGUUCAAUGCACAUGCAGCCACAGACAUCACAGGCUUUGGGAUCCUGGGCCAUGCACAGAACCUUGCCAAGCAGCAGAGGAACGAGGUGUCCUUCGUCAUCCACAACCUCCCCGUCCUGGCCAAGAUGGCUGCUGUCAGUAAGGCCUGUGGCAACAUGUUCGGCCUCAUGCACGGCACUUGUCCAGAGACUUCAGGAGGCCUCCUCAUCUGCCUACCACGAGAGCAGGCAGCGCGCUUCUGCGCCGAGAUCAAGUCCCCCAAGUACGGCGAGGGCCACCAGGCGUGGAUUAUCGGCAUUGUGGAGAAGGGCAACCGCACGGCCAGGAUCAUCGACAAACCCCGGAUCAUUGAAGUGGCACCACAGGUGGCCACUCAGAACGUGAACCCCACGCCCGGUGCCACCUCUUAAUAGAGAUGAAAUAGCUGUUUGUUUUUGAAUAGAUCUAUUCCCUUAUCAUCCUACAAUUUAAAGAACUGUAAAAAGAAAAGAAAACUUGUUGUGUCUGCACAUCUGGUGGCCUUAGGUCAGUUUAUGAGUGGAUACAAAUAAUAAAAUCCAUUGCCUUUUUUUCCUGUUACAUUAACUGAAGAUGCACCUAAUCUUGAGGCAGCUUCUGAGUUGAGAAUUAUAUUGUUAUCCAAUACUGUUGAUUCAUUUUGAAUCUUUAGACACUUAUCUCUUGCCGCAUAGGCUCUUUUUAAAGGUGCUUUCACGUAGCACAGACAUUACCAGUAGUAGUGUCGAAUAGCAGUUUGUGUCCUUUCAUUAUGUGUAUAUUUAUCGUGAAUCUAAUUUUGAUGCCUUGAGUGAUAUUCCAGAAAGGCAAUAAAUUGACAAGACACACAGUGGGUUACCCAGUAGUAAGAGGUUGCAUGAUUGCAUUCAAUCUUUGAUUAAAAAAAAAUAUUUUAUUUUAUUUUCUAAAUUUUUUGGUAAAGUUUAGUCUUACCAAGAGCAUCUACGACCCUGGACAUUGCUUGGUAGUGCACUCAGUUUAAACAGCAAGUGCUGACUUUUUGCAUGGAAAGCGCUUCAGAGUCGAAGGAGUAAUUUUGAAUUUCAUUAUUUGUAGACCUGACAAUAUUUACUGUAUUAUCAAUGAUUGUUUUCUUUAUUGAUAGUAAGGACAAAUAAAUCUUCUUUUUUUUUUUUUUGCAACGUGAUUGGAUGUGCUAUAGUGCAACAAAGGUUUUGCAGACCAAAAGGAGGUUACUGUAUAAUAUUCAUUUACAAUUCACUAUAUAAAUAACUACACAAAUAAUUUUUAAAUAUAAUCAAACUAAAAUAAACCUCUGUUCUGUGGAUGGUAGUGUUUAAUACAUUUUAUAUUUUGUAUAGUGAUUACAAGCCUUUUUUGUUUCUAUAAAAAUCAGCAGCUGUUUAGUAUAAUUCUUAGUAUUAUUUUGUUCUUUGCUCAAUACAAUUUUCUGCACGCUUUUGUGAUCUGUGUUUAAAACCAACAUUGCCAACAAUGCAGCUUGAACUUAAGCUUGUUAUUCAAAAUAAAUAUUUAAUUUUUUUUA